AUGAAAAAUUCAUGGCUUUUCAAGUUAGUGAAAUAUCAUUAUAGAGAUAAAUCAUCUCCGAAAUCAGAGAAACAAAUAGAAGAUGAAAAGUAUUUAAUCUUCAAUAUACCUUUUAACAGAUGGAUUCUGUUUGCAAGUGCAUUCUUUCUUCAGUUUUGCUUGGGAUUUAGUUCGAUUUGGUCGAUUUUCAAUAAACCAAUAGACAAACAUAUUUUUGAUGAUCCAACCAAAGGAAGAGCACCUAUUGCCUAUUAUUUAGAGACGUGCAUAAAUAGUUUAACAUAUCUAUAUGUUGGACCAUGGUUGGAAAGAAAUGGACCAAGAAAAGGUAUUUUGGUGGGUGGAAUACUAUUUAGUCUUGGACAAUUCGUUAUGGCACUUGGUGCACAUACCAAACAGAUUUCAAUCAUCUAUAUUGGAUACGGUUUGUUCUGUGGCAUAGGACAUGCAUUCUUGUAUCUCGCACCGGUCUCGGCAUUACAAAAGUGGUUUCCUGACCACAAAGGUUUGGCCUCUGGUUUUGCCGUGUGUGGAGUUAGUGCUGGAGUUAUUUCAUUCUCACAAGUAACACUACCGUUACUCAACAAAGUCGGACUAAUCAAUACAUUCAUAGUAUAUGGUAGUUUCUUCUUUUUUGUAUUCAUGAUUCAAGCAUUCCUAUUUCGAUUGCCACCGCCUGGCUACCAGCCAGAAAAGAAAUCGACAUCAACAACAGCAGCAGCAGCAGCAGCCGAUGAUACAAACACGCCCACUGGUAACGAGAAAGAAGAGGUACUAAAGAAGAGUAGCGAAACAGAUAUAUCUGAUCUUUUGAAAAAGGAGGAGAAGCAAUUGGAAUUUACCAAGUCAAUAGCUGAGUCAGAGGUGACGGUGUUGGCAGAUCCCGAUUUGAGUAAAAUGUCCAUCAAGAAAGCUCUUCAUACCAAGGAAUUCAGGUUGAUACUGUUUAUGUUUUUCGCAAAUGGAUUUGGUGGACUUAUCAUUGGAUCGCGUAUAUCCAAUCUGGUACAAGAUAUCUUUGGAAAGACUGCUGGCGAUGCCGCCACUGUCAUAACAAUCAAUGGUGUUUUCAAUCUUGUAGGCCGUGUCAUUUCUGGUCCAGUAUCGGAGCGCAUUGGUCGUCUACAGACAUUCAUUGUUAUCAUGGCAGCGUCGACAUUGAUUUUCUCGGCGUUUGCCGUUGUCAUUGUCGAAAGAGUUUUCAUUGCAUUCGUUAUACUCGUGUGGGUUUUCAACGUGUUUUUCGGUGGAUUCUUUGGAACGAUUCCGGCAUUCCUGUCCGACCAAUUUGGAAACAAGAACAUCAGUCCGUGUCACGCGAUUAUCCUCACGGUUUGGAAUUUAUCCGGUGUUUUCGGUGGAUUCCUGUUCACCGGUAUCUACGAUUCACUGAAAAACAAUGGUCACUCUGUAAGUGAUCCGAUAUUGUACACCACCAAUCUUUACUGGGCGGUUGCCACUCUGUUUGUUGGCUUAAUAAAAUAUCCAAACUCGACUUUUAAAAAAACUUUUCUAUCAAGUUUAGCAAAUAUCGUUGAACUAUACUAUAGUAUACUUGAAGAAACUUUAUUUUCUUUACAUUUACAAGAUAUCUAA